UCCCUCAGUGGCUUGCUAGUCGUUGUUGUUUGUAGUUGUCUGUAGUUUGUAGUGUAAAGCUAACAAGGUAGAACCAGAUCUCAUAGUUUACUUAUCUAUUGGGCCUUUUUUUGCAACAUUUUGAAAGCAGCACAACAUUCAUAUGAUGGACGCGAUUUUAAACUGCCAGUCCCAGGAUUUAGAGGACUAUUACGCUUUGCUAGGAUGCGAUGAGCUGUCUUCGUCAGAACAGAUUCUUACUGAAUUUAAGGCACGAGCCCUUGAACGCCAUCCUGACAAGCAGCCAGGAAACCCACAAGCAGUUGAAGAGUUUCAAAAACUGCAGAAAGCCAAAGAUGUCCUCCUUAAUGAAGACAGUCGUUCCCGAUAUGACUACUGGAGGCGCUGCCAAAUCAGCAUCCCCUUUCAAGAAUGGGAAGCUCUCAGUGACUCUGUAAAAACGUCUAUGCACUGGGCCGUGAAGAGUAAGAAGGAACCUAUGUUGGAGGCCCCGGAAGAGCAGCAUAAUCACAGCUCCCAUGUUUCCACAGAGGAGAGUAAAGGCUGUAAUAGCAAAUCAGAGCAGAUUGAUUCUCUUGAUUCUGAAAUACUGGCUGAUAAUCAGAAAGCUGACUCACCUCAUACUCCAUCCUCUCCAAAUGAGAACUACUGGCAUUUGCGUUUCCGAUGGUCAGCUGACACCCCUUCUGAACUCCUGAGGAAAUUCCGAAAUUAUGAAAUCUGAUAUGGGACCCCAUCCUUUGCUGAAGGACACAUCAUAAUGUCAGGCUCUUGUGUACUUAUCCCAGUGCUAUAUAUGUUGCAUUUCUUCAUAACAUCUUUAUCUUCUGACCUCGCAGCUCAGCUUCUCUUAGCUCGUGUUGUGUCUUAAUGCACGUGGAGUGCUGGACAUUUAUGUCUAGACGUUCAUAUCUAUCUACAUACACAAGAGUAUUGUUUGUAGUGUUAUGUGUCUGUUCAGAUACUGUCUAUUCUCCUAGAUUAGGCCAAAGAUGUAUUUUAUUGUGUUUAAUUCUUCAGCCUGCAGCAGCACCAUAGGCACAGUUGGUGGGUCCUCACUAUCUGUCGAGACUAACAUCCAUAGUGAAGAACCAAAAAUCCAAGAUUAUUCAAAUAACUUCACCUCCCUAAGAUUCUGUCACAGGUUCAAGGGUGACAGCUGUCAAACCAUGGCCCAGGCAUGCUAUAAACACUCCAUCUCUAGUCUUUUGUUUUAUAUCACACAAGCAAAAGGUACUAAAUUAUUUAAACCCAAUCAUAUUCGGCUACCCUGGUCUUCCUUUUGAAGCUACCGUGUCCUCUGUCUCUGUAUGAGGGCAGUUAUUUCCACAUCUUGGUUUGAGAGCCUUCUCUUUCCCUAUUUUGGAGUUUGUUGCUAAUUUGGGAGGUUUGUAGACUUCAUUGACCCACACUCCUAAAAGAUCCAGUCAUUUUAACAUAUCCAUCCAUCCAUUAUCCAACCCACUAUAUCCUAUCUACAGGGUCACGGGGGUCUGCUGGAGCCAAUCCCAGCCAACACAGGGCGCAAGGCAGGAAACAAACCCUGGGUAGGGCGCGCGCACACACACACACAAACCAAGCACACACUAGGAUCAAUUUAGAAACGCCAAUCCACCUAAUCUGCAUGUCUUUGGACUGUGGGAGGAAACCAGAGCACCCAGAGGAAACCCAUGCAGACACGGGGAGAACAUGCAACCUCCACACAGGGAGGACCCGGGAGGUGAACCCGGGUCUCUUAACUGCGAGGCAGCAGCACUACACACUGCGCUACCAUGCCGCCCUAUGUGUUCAUAUUUUAUGCAUGCUAUCAGAAGCUUUUCAGGAACAAUGAUAGGUUUCCUUCAUGUGCAGUAAAUGUACACAUACAGGUGUGUCCAGGUAUUUCCUGCAUUAACUGUAGCAGCCUUUAGCUCUCUUGGAGCCUCGUCUUUGUGUGUAUAUGUAUUGUAGGAUUCUCAGGAGGUUGUGGUGAAGUAAGAUGUAUGGUAAAAGUAACAGCAAGAGCAUUCUACACAUGUCCCCAUUUUCAAAUGAGCUGUUGGGUUCUUUGGGUAGGAAGGGCUUCACUCUGUUGGGCUGCAGCUGCCCUGAGCUUUGGAUGGGACAGAAUUUUCUCUCAAGGCUCCCUAGCAGGGACUAUUCAGGGGAGUGUCAACACAGCUUAAUGACUUAGAUGGCACACAUCUUCAAAGCUGAUUAUAUGAAUUUCCUAUAGUCCGUCACCCAAUGCUGCCAAGGUAGGCUCUGGUGUCUACGUGAUCCUGAACUGGAUUAAGUGGGUUUGAUAAUAAAUGGAUGGAGGGAUUACAUGGGGAAUGUGACUUAGUUAGAAAGAGUAUAUUGUUUAUCCUCUAAACCUCCUACUGUAAGAAUACAAAAAUCUGCAGUAUUAUAUUGUAAAUGUCGGAUGAUAUCUGAUAUCAUUAAAGGUAUUUGCUGAAAUGUUCAGCCCACAUAUAACAAAAUAAAGCAAAAUGAGGAGAAGGACUGUCCUCUAGCUUUACCUGACUGCGCUUGCUGCUGUAGGGCAUCUUACAAUGUGCGAGAUGCCAUAGGAAAGUAUUCUGCAACACAUUAUACAAUCAGAUUUGGAUUAUGCUAUACUUAAUGGCACAAUGUACCUAGUGUAUUAUUAAUCUAUCUAUAUCAAUAUAUAUAUCAGUCCAUCCAUAUGCAUAUUGAAACUUUCAGAAUGAUCACUGCAAUUAAUUUUGCAUAAAGGUAAAAGGUUCUUUUUUGUGUGUAUUUUAUUAAUCAUUCCAUUUUUGUGUUAUAUGAUGUCAUUGACAUUGAGCAUGCAAGUUAACAGAAAAUGGUAUAUUUAUAAAAAUCUUAAAUAAGACCUUAUUAUUAUUAUAUAAUUAUUAUAUACAGUACAUCUUAUAUUAUUAUACUUUUUCAAAAUGUGUGAAAAUAAGGUAUGUGAAAACUACCUGCUUUAGAAUUCAAUUUUAUUAUUUCUAAAUAUGUAUUUUGCAGAUGCUUUUAUACUAGGUGACUUACAAAUUUAAGAUAGGUUAUGACAGUUUAAGGCAAUUUUUUUUUUUGACAUUUGGAGCCUAGCAGGAUAAGUCACACAGUUAAGAAAAAUGGUAAAUAAACUGCCAUCCUUAAAGUCUCAGAACCACUGGAAGCAAAAGAUGACUAGGAAUUCAUAAGCAGUGAUGGGCUGGGGGCUUUAUGAAUUGUGCAUUAAUACAAAAUAACAGUAUUAUUUAAGUAGGGCCUUUAAUUGAAAAAUAUUCAUAAUGUGUUUUCAACCCAUUUUUUUUAUUGUAUUGGUAGGGUGGCAUGACGGCACAGUGAUUAGCACUACUGCCUCACAGCUCCAGAGCACUGGGGGUUUGGAGUUUGCACAUUACCCAACCUCAUCUGUAUGGAUUGUCCUCUCACAUCCUAAAAUGUAUUAUUAUUAUUAUUACUAUUAUUAAAGAAGUGUGUGUGGGGUUGAUUGCCAUCUCUAAGUUGGUUCAGUGUGCCCUGCUGUGGACUCCUUGUUGUCCUGACCAUUGCAGGCUUUUUCAUAAAAGGUCGAGAAAGUCCUAAUAAAUAGAUAAGGUAACAAGAGAUUUAAGGGAUACUUACUGAUGGGAAGUUAGAUUUAGCCAAAGUCCACUUCAGUUAAGGUCCAAAGAUCAUAUGCCAAAGUUCAAAGGAGAUCACUAAGUUCAAAGUCAUUAAAAAUACCAAAGUUGUAACCAGGAGAAUGUCAGAAAAGACCGACAUCACGGCAGGCAGCGGAUUUACGGCUACAAAAAUUCAAAGAGAAAGGCGACUUCGACCAACAUCGCGGCAGGGUCCGUCCGAAGCCGAACGCGCAGUCGCCUUCUGCGCAUGUCCGAAGCCGAAUGCGCAGUCGCCUUUUGCGCAGCUGCCCGAAAAACCUUACGAGACCAACAUCGUGGCAGGCGGCGGAUUUACGGCCGCGAAAAUGCAAAGAGAAAGGCGACUUCGAUUGAAGCUCUAGAGGCCUGAAAGGCGGUUUCGACUACAGCUCCAGGCCUAAUUACACAUUCAUUCAAUACACCUAUAAUCAGGUUUGUGGUGCUUAUACUUAUUACUUACUAUUCCAUUCGUGCCCGUUUCAUCUUAUGUUGUCGAAAUGGGCUCUUUAUCUGUUCUUAUAUAUAAGCGUCUACGUGUGGAAGUGUGUGUCUGUCUGUGACCGGAAGUGUGAGGCUACAGCAUGAAGCUCAAAGAAAGAACCGCAGAGAAAAGAGAAAGUCACUUAGCCGCUGAUACACAAGUGAGGCGAGCACAUCGGCAAAACAAAACCUCAGAGGAGAGAGAAAGUCACUUAGCCGCUGAUAGACAACGGAGGUGAGCACAUCGGAAAACCAAACCACCAAGGGCAGAGAACCUCACUUAGCCACUGAUACACAAGCCAGGGUAGCACGUUGGCAAAACGAAACCACCAAGGAAAGAGAACCUCGUUUAGUCGCUAAUGCGCAGCCGAUGCGAUAGAUUAAUUAAUGUACCAGAAUCCAUGGUUUCUAGGAGCCUGGGCUUUUUACAGCACGGGCUUACACAGCUAGUAAAUAAUAAUGGGGGAUAGACAGAGAUAGGGACUGUUCUGAUCUCUUUAGGGAGGUUUGUAGACUUCAUUGACGCCCCACUCCUAAAAGAUCCAGUCAUUUUAACAUAUGUGUUCAUAUUUUAUGCAGGCUAUCCGAAGCUUGUCAGAAACAAUGAUAGGUUUCCUUCAUGUGCAGUAAAUGAUAAACCGAUAAUAUAAUUAGUUUAAGUUACAGAAUGCAGAAGACUACAAUAAAAAUGUAUAGCAAGUCAAAUACAUUGGUUUCAGACAGUAAAAUAAAAUAAUUGCAUAUCUUUACACAUAAACAACAGAUAACAUUAAAAAAUGGAAUGAUGUGAAUAUCUUACAUUUUUUUAAUGGGACAGGACAAUUAUUUUUUCCAUGAUAAGAAAUCAUUUUAUAGUAAUCAUUUUUUAUAUUACUUCCUUAGUAAUACUUAUUAUUUUUCUGUAUAUAUUUUUAUAUACAAAAAAUGAAAAUCAUCAAAAAUAAAAAAGUGGUACAGGUGGGACUCAUACCGCCGACAAACAGUCAGACAUGUUACUAUUUAUGGUAUUCUGCUAUCUCAACACUACGAUUGUCCUUUCUUACAAUGAAAUACAAAACAUCAUUAUGGUUUUCUUCAAUUUCUACACAAUUAUGGGAAUUUUUUGGUGAAGUUGGAUUUUUCUAGGCCUCGGUCAUGGUAUCCAUCCAUUAAUUAAAUCACAGUGUCCUGUGAGCAAGGCCAGAUUAAGACCCCCGCUGGCUCCUGGGUGACUUUGCUCCUUAACAGAGAGUUGAUGAAGCUUUUUAAGAUGCAGGGCUUGUACAUCGAGUCAUUUCAUGCAGUGCAUUAUAUCUCACUCUUGAUUUCAGCAUCAGACUUGCUUCAUUAUCUCCCUUUAUCAUUUCGGCUCACGGAUACUCCGUUCUUUCAUCAAGCGUUGUUUGGUUCAAAGGCUCCUUGCCAUCACGGGCCCAUGGAUACCCACCUAGAACACCUUGAUGUUAUAUCUGGGCAGUAUAUACUGCUUUAUUUCUGUCCCUGCUGAAUCGGAUUUGAAAAUAAAUGAGUUCACUGAUAGUCAAAGAAAUUCUCAUUUUCUUUGUUAAGCUGUACGAGGUGGACAAUAUAAUAGAAACACAGUAUGAAAAGAUAGUAACUGUAGUAACUAAGCAGGAGUAACAAAGAGAACUACACCUGCUGCCCCACUGGCUUUCCUGACCAGGAUGUUGCCUGUUUGUUCGGGAGGCUGCCCACUCGAUUGAAACCAUAAAAUCAAGCACUUGCCUUUCUUCUUGUUCCUUUUCUCAUUGUAGCUUUGGUCUCCUUCUUCCCUUUCAGAAAGCCCUCACAUAAGUCCACACUUGACUUGAACAUUAUUCUAGCACUGGCAGAAAGCUGUCUUUACUGUAUACUCCAAUCUGGUGUUUUUCCUAGAGUCAGUUUUGUGCCUAUAAGCUGCAGAACCACCAGAUCAGAAUUCUGUCUGCUGGCCUCUGGUAUCCUUCAGUCUUUGAGUCAUGACUUUCACUGAAACUGCCAGGCCUUAAAGGUGGCUUCAUAGCUGCUGGCCAUUUCAAAUUGGCAUUAUGGCUGUCACCCUUGGUAGAACAGAACCAGAGUUGUGUCAGCUGUCGAUGACCUCGUUUUUAUCGCUUUCUCUUAGUCCAGUAGGGACACAUAGUACUUGCUUUCCAUCCCUUACUGGGGACUGACCUCUGCCUUGUGACAUCUUGGUGUCACUUUUGCUCCCCAUAGUCCUAUACACCAGGAGUCGCCAACUCCGGUCCUGAAGGACCAUCAUGGCUGUAGGUUUUCAUUCUAGUCCUUUUCUUAAUGAGUGACCUGUUUUUGCUGCUAAUUAACUUCUUUUGAAUUCAUUUUAAUUGACUUGUUCUUGAAGACUCAGACCCCUUAAUUGUUUCUUUUUCCUUAAUUAGCAUCCAAACAAUAAUGAGAUACAAAAUGAGCCAAAACAACUGGUGUCCAUCAUACAAUAUCUGAAAAUAAAGAAAAAAGAAGCUCUAUGGAAUGCUGAUCUGCUCAGGUCCACCAAAAAUUUUACCAGCGCUCUUAGAAAGAGAAAAUCAACAAUUUCAGAAAUGUCUGCUAAUGCACUACGAGCGCAGCAACAAAGCCACAAAAUUAAGGAACGGGUUUAAUUAACGACAAGAAUCGGCGCCUCAUUAAGCAGCUGGCUGGAGUGAAAUUGGUUGAAGUUUGAGGCCCUGACUUAGUUGGUCUUCUCUUGGCUCCUUCACUUCACAUUUCAUUUCUGUUUGGGUGCCAUUUAAGGAAAGAAAUGAAGCAAUUCAAAGAAACAAUCAGGGGAACAAAUCUUAAAAGAGAAGUCCAUUAAAAUGAAUUCACAAAAAGUUAAUUAGCAGCACAAACAGGGCGCUCAUUAAAAAAAGGGGUUAGAAUGAAAACCUGUAGCCACGGUGGUCAUCCAGGACCGGACUUGGUGACCCCUGCUAUA